AUGAAUAAUAAAUCAUUAAUCUAAGUUUAAGUCAAUGAUUAUGUGGAAACCCAAUAAAACAAAUCACACAGAAAAUUGAUAUCAAAAAAAAUUUAACCUUACAUGAAGGCUUAUAGUUUGAAGCCAGAGUUCUUUGAAGUCAAAGGUAAGUAAGUAGUAUUUAAAAUAAAUAACUCUACCAAUCUUAGCAACCUCAAUAAAACAAUGUUUUCUUCAAUGCCUUCUAUGAAACAACUACCCCAAAAGAAGGCUCCUCCGAAAAAGAUUGACUCUGUCAAAAGAACAGUUGUCUCCUUGACAGAUUUCCAGCUUUUGCCUUUGACGACCAAAUAUGCUAACUUAUUCUAAGAGAUCUAAAAUAGUUAGGUUUCUUUAGUUCAAAGUGAGUGCCAUGAUUCAGUAUCUGCAACAUACAGAUAGAGCCAAGAUAAUUAUCAAGAUAGAAGUCAACAUUAAAGACUUGAUUCUCUUAAGCAAAGCAUCUUUGAACUUGAAAAGAUUAAAUAAGUGAAGAUCGACGAAUUGUAGAAUUUGCAGGAGAGAAUUGAGUAAGUAAAAAAUAUAGAAAAGAAUAAUAAUUCUUAGAUAAUAAUACAAUGCAACAAGAAUCUAAAUAAAAGACAAAUUAGGUUUAAGGCAGCCACAACUAUUCAAGCCUCAGUAAAAAGAUGGAUAGCAUAAAAGAAAUUUAAUGAAUGGAAGAAGAAGAAAUUAGAAAAAUUGAGAAAGAUCAUUAUUAUUUAGAAAUGGUGGCAAAAAUAAUUAAAACUUAUAAAAAAAAAGGAUAAAUUUGAAAUAGGACACAAUGAUAAAAAAGUAAAGGAUAUAGAUGAUCAUCAGUUCAUAAUACUAUCAAACUAUUCAUAUAAGUUGAAGAGGAUUAGGAUUUUAUUAGUUGAGAGAAAAGGAAAGUAUAAAUAAGAUUUUAGAUUUUAUUUAAAUAUUAAUAAUUGCUAAUCGAUAUUAAAUGAAGAAAUUACUAAGGAUUCCUAUGAAUUCAAUAUUUUGAUAGAUUUGAUUACCAACUAGAUAAUCAAUAUUAUACAAAUAGAUAAUAAUCAAAUCAAACUUUAUUUGGAAUAAAAGAAUUUUAUAUAUAUUAAUAGAUUACUUUUGUAAAUUGAAAUAUAAAUCACUUAAAUAGUAGGGAAUAAAUAUCAUAUUUUAAUAUUAAGAUAAGAAUCACCUAAUCUCGAAAAUUAAGAAUAAUAAUAAGAAUAGAUUUAAUAAAGUUAAUAGUUAGAAAAUAAUGAAUCUAUAGAGAAUGAUAAUACAAAAAUUUAACUAGUUCAUGAGGAAAUACCAAAACCAUAAUUGAUCAGUUAAGAUUCGAAUGAUGUUCAACUAGAAUAAUUUAUAAAAGAGAAUAACUAACAAAAAUAAGAAGAGAAUAAUUAACCAUAAUAAGAAGAGAAGUAGGAGCCAUAAUCAGAGGAGAAGUAGGAAAUACAGAUAGACCAAUAACAUGAACUUUAAUAAGAUGAGAAUCAUCAACCAUAUUCAGAAGAGAUACAUUAACUAUAAUCAGAUCAAAAGUAGGAAACAUAAUCGGAUGAAAAGCAUUAACCAUUUUCAGAGGAGAAGCAUGAACAGUAUUCAGAAGUGAAUCAAAUGAACCAAAAUUAGUAGAUCAAUCAAAACGAAAAUGAGUAAAUCAAGCAUGAUUAAAAUAUUGAAUAAGAGGUAGAAUAUUAUAAAAUUAAAUUAAUACCUACAGAUUCUGAUCACAACAAUAAUGAAUAAUUAAAUACUAUUCAAGUUGUAGAAGAUAGUACAAAUAAAUAAAAUUUUGAUGAUGAAGAAUAGCAAUUAUAUGAUUAAGAUGUUCUCAUACAGAAUAAGGAGGAGACAUCAAAUGAAAACUACUCAAAAUAAUAGAAUUCAAUUAUUGAUGAUUAUCCUAAGCAUGAUUUUAAAUAAGACAUACAGCAGUUUUAAAGUCAAAUAAGUAAUAAUGAACUAAUUGAAGUGGAAUAAUUGUAAAUUGAGGAUAAAAACUAAGAAAUCUAAUAAAUAAAUAUUUAAGAAUCUGUAGUCCCUGAAAGACAACAAGAUUAUGAAUUCAAUGUUCAUAUCUAAGGUUCUAUAGAAUAAAAUGCAUAAAAAGAUAAUAAUUAAAAAGAAGAAGAAAUAGAAUUACAUUUAAAAGUGUAAAAAAUAGAGGAAACCCAAAAUUAAACUAAUAUUGAAUUGAGUUUAGAAAUAUAAAAGAAUGAAGAGAAUAAUAUAGACUAUGCAUAAAAAGAAUCGAUAAAAAAUGAUGAUCAAGACAAUUAAGAUAUAUAAACAUCGAAUUAAGAAUCCAUUUCAGUAUAUUAACCUGUGGAGUUCUAAGACCAAAAAGUUGAAGUUUAACUUAAUAGAAGUAGAGAUUAUAAUUAAUUAUAAACUUUAACUUAAACUUAAUAGGUAUUUAACAAACCAGAGAAUUCAAACAUAAAUAACUUUAUCGAAAAUAACGAUAAUAAUGAUUUGGAAAAAAAGUCAAUGACUGAAUCUGUUGAAUUAAAACAAUAAAAUGAGAACAUUUAAGUUUCAUAAGCAGAGGAUUAAGACAAAGUUGAUGUUUAAGAGAGAUAAGAUUUUGAUCAAUCUGAAAUAAGGAAUUUAGAGAAUUAAUCAAUAAAGUUUUAAUUUAGUGCAGGAUUUUUAAAUUCUUAGGGUGAGUAUUUAACAUCCUAAUAAUUUAAUAUUUCCUUUUAAGAAUAGGAUUCUUUAGAAUAUUCUGCUGACAAUUCUCGCGAAUUUUAACCAGUUUAUGUAACAACCUUAGUUGUAGAUAAUAUAGACAUUGAGGUUUAUUAAUUAAACUUAAGGUUGACAUUUAAGGAUAAGAAUAAUGAGUUUGCUGAGUGCAUUUUCAACAUGCCAAAAAAAUUUCAAUCUUCCGUAGAUUUUACUAAAAAUAAUUUAUAUGUGUAUAUAAUGAAGGGUCACAUAAGGUGUUUGGAAGUUGAUUAGGGAUUGAAGAUUUAAAGGUUUGUUCGAAAGAUGAGAUUUAUUAAAUCAGUAUUAUUUUAUUUGAACUCAGACUUAUUCUUGAUAAGUCUACAUAAGUCAAGUUGUAUGAUGUAAAUUUUUAUUUUCAAAAAUGAUAGACUGGAAGAAGAAAUAAGCUUGAGAAAGCUAAGCAAAUAAUGUAAAUUAGGUUUAAAAAAAUACUUUUUGUCCAUCGGCCCUUAGCUGAUAUUCUCUUAAGGCUAUCUUGAAGAUACUAUAUUAAGUAUAUUAGAGAAUCUGGGUUGCAAAAAUUGA